UCACGCUUGGGGGAAUUAUUACAAUUGCAAUAACACUGGAAUGUCCUAGACAUCCCGAGUCCUAAAGCGCUUUUCUAAUGCCACAACCCAUGGGUACAAAAUCAAGAGAGAUGCUCCGUUUGUUUUAGGUUCAUCCAAAAGGUAAAAAAAAAAAGUAUGGAAAGCUCGAAAGUGAAGAGGCUGAGUAGAAACCCACGUACACACUGGAAUCGGAUGUUGUCACUGAAUAUUGAAAGCAUGUUUGAAAACGCAAAACAUAUUCACGAGACCGGCAUCGCCCUUGACAAGACAGCAACGAAGAGGAUUGAAAAUGAGAAGCAAGUUUCGGGGUUCUCUAAAGAAGCAGCAGGUGCUUCUUUUAGCGAACUCACGAACACUGCAGAGAAAAAUUUGGAUAUUUCAGAAAAAGGUCCCAAAAUUGAAUGCAUUUCAAAAGAAUUACAAAAUCCACAUUGCAAAGGUAGAUCUUUAAUAAGAAAUCAUAAUAAACGGUCCCUCAGCGAAGAAAGAAUUAAGAUGUCUUUGAGUAUGUCUGAGCACAAAUCCAGAUCUCCACGACGGUCUAAAAGCGAUAACGAAUUCCAGACAAAGGGCCAAAAAACUAAUUUCAGAAGACGCAGGCGAAGGAAGAGACGAGAGAAACUCAAAUGGAUAAAUUCGGCACAGCAUUGCUUUCAACCCUACCCCAUUCCUGCUGCUACUAAGGGAAUACAUUGUUUAGAAAUUUGUGACCCCCCUCAACUAAUGCAGACUUCAUCUCCUAUAGACACGAAUUUCAAACAAUCGAGUAAGGUAAUUGAAAACAAUGCAAGCAUUCCCGAAGAUAACACCUGUUUCCUUGGACAGGGAGACACAAAAUCAAAUAAAUCGGAUAAAAAGAAUGAGCUUCAUGGUCGUCAUGGUUUGGAAAAGAAGACCUUGUCUAAAAACCCCUCUGUUUUAUGGAAACGGCUAGUUGAAGAAAACAUUGCUGGUUUGGGCAUAUUGAAGAGAAGUAAUUUCUCCAGAGCUGUAACACCAACGAGAAACACAUCUUAUUCUUAUCACGAAUCUCGCCCCUGUGGUUCUACACACGCCAGGGAAUCCGCUUCGGCGCAGAUAAUGUCUUAUCAAAAAAUGAAUCUCUCGGAUGAGCCAUGGGGGAUACAAACUCUCUUAGACAAUAUGGAAGCUUGCAAACCUGACUAUUGCAUUACAGCUAAUCUGCCAACGUCUGACCAUAUCCAGUGCUACAGUGAAGUAGGUAGCACCCAUGUGAAUAGCGUACUGGCCCAUAACCCUGGGAUAGGGUCUCUGCAAUGGGAGGCAGAGGAGACGGCCCCCAAGGUACAAACAGAUAUGCCUUUACUCACCCAGAAAAGGUCAUCAGUUGAAUAUGCUACUGCCUCCAAGGCUUUGUCCCCAGUACCAGAAAUUCCUCAAGAGGAUCUCGAUACUGGGAAAACAAUGUCUGCACUAUCUUCCUCUGGUGAAAACUGUACAGAGAUGACGGGAGGGUGCCUUCAAUGUACGCCUGGGGGGCUUUACAGUUCAUCAAAUGUUGAAACUUUGAUACGCAGUUACAGGGAAGAAAGACAAGCAGAUGGGAUUAAUAGUGGGGUCGCCGUCUUUUGGGGAGAAGAUGGGCAAAAUCCUAAAGUUGACAAGGAUACCUUUGAGGAACAACACUUUAAAGAUACUGUUGAGAGUAGCUCUGCCACUCUUGGCGGAAGUUUAGAACUUUCCAGUCCGGCCACUGUCAACCCUGGUGAAAAGACAGGAAAAGGUGUGCUGACAAGUGUAAAUGAAACUGUAGAGCAAGGAGACAGGAGCGCUCAGUCAGCAGGUUCGAUGGUUUUUCGGACUUCAAGCGUUAACUUUUCCAAUUGCAAGUUAUCUCCGAGGGCAGACAGUGCUGGUCCUUUGUGUUGCGGGGACGCAUCUGUUAUGCCACAUGGUAUAGGGUGCAGCAUCGAAAAAGUUGGAUGUAUUACCAGAACCAAUUUUGAAAAUAAUAACUCUGACAAUAAAACAGGAGACACCUUUCAGGAUAUAUAUUUUGUCGAAGAAACACGGUAUACACGUAAAUCUUCUCUUCUUUGUAACACUCUCCACCGUGAAAAUGAUGCUACAGAAGUCGAUGGUGAGCUUUUGAAAGAUAGAGUUUGUUCUGAAAGUCUUUCCCCCCAGGCUGGACACCAAAGUUCACCUUGGCAAAAACUGCAUAAUCGCAAGGAUAGUAAUGGCGAUACAGUCUGGAGCAAGAUAUUGGAUGCGAAUAUUUUGGACGCAGCCGAAGGUAAAGCAUUCUCUCUAAAGACAGGCGAAGUGUAUUCAUCUGUUGCAAGCGUCCCAAGCGCAUUGAAAGCACAACAUUCUAUAACAGGCGUCACACAGCUGAAUGUAUCUAAUGUAUCCGUCAUGUCGGGAAAGGAACAGUGUUCAAAAGAGUUUGGUGAAAUAAAUUGCAGCAAUAUCCCUGUCAUGCUGGUAACACAAGAGUCUACUACCAUCAAAGUUAAACGUAAUACUGGUAAAAGUACAAACAUUUCAAAAGACCAAACAAGACAAAGGCCGAGCAGUUUAGAUAAACCAGGAAAAUGUUUAUCUUCUGUCGUCAAAACUGUUUUUGACCGACACCAAGAGCCAGAAAUGCCACCUGGGCCCCAAGAACAAUGUUUGGACAGUAUGCCGACAUUUGGUUCUAGUUCACGGAUAAACGAAGACAAAAUAACCCAGAAAAGUGAAUUCCAUGUUAAGACAGAGCAUUCUAAGUCUGAGAACUUUAGUCAACCCUCAAACGUCCUUCAGAGGUCGAAAUCUCGAUGGCAAAAAUGUGCAGCUAUUAAAUCUCUGCUUAUUUCUGGAAAAGGAGUAAAGCACACUGAGCCAGAGAGUCGAUUUUUCUUUGACAUUGAAAGAGGAACCGUUAUAGAGUUAGACGAUCCACUCUUGAGCCAAGAUCCGAGUCCUACGGACAUGGAAUUUGAUGCAGAGCGCUGUUUACAGACUGACAUCUAUGGGCCAGCUAUCCAUAAGAAACAAUGUGUUCUAAAUAGGAGACAAAAACGCAAUGAUUCUAGCAGUCAGAAACUUAACAAUGACGAAAUGGCUUCAAGACACACUGAUGCCCACAUGAUAACGACUCCGAGAUUUAAAGAAAACAAUGUAAAGUACAAAGGACAAAAGUGCACAGAAUUAUCUGCUCAGUGUGGUCAGAAAUAUUCUCCGAUUGUCAUAAACAGCGAUGAAGCAGAUAAUAACGGAGUUCUUCAAGUCUGUGAGUGUAUUGAUGAUGCUAAUACUGAAAAUGGAUCUUGCACACAAAAUAACGGAGAAAACGACCUGGCAAACGUGCAACUGCCAGAUAUGCACGUAAAAGAAAAGAGUGCAAGCAGCGUUUCAGUUUGUCAAGAAGGAGAAUUUGAAAGGAAUAUCCUUCAACGGAUGAUAGCUUCCAACCUUCCAACCUCCGACAACCUGGUUCGUGUCCCAAUUCCUGAGACAGUGUCAGGCACGCAGAUCUCUGACGUCACUUACCACGAUACUCCUAGCGUGCUCAGGGAGAGAACAAAACUGGACACAUGCACAGCCCAACAGGAAGCCAAUCUAAGUUUGUUUUUCAGCUCCUGUUUUGGGUCAGAGGAGGAAGAAGGGAGUGGAUCGGCCGAAGGCUCUUCCUUCCCAGCCACAUGCAAUACAAAAAAGGUAUUCUGUCACACAAAGAGGAUCUCCAGCCCUGUUGGCUCGAAACAAAAAGCAGCCUCCUGUCUGUCUAGCGGGGCAACAUCUCCAGCGCUAAACAUUCAGCUGACUGACGGCCGGGCUAAAGGGGGACACGGGAAGCUCAGAACAAUAGCUCAGAGGGAACGAAGCUGUCGUCAAUGUAACCAAAAGACGGAAUGGGAAACAGAGACGCCCACGGCUUCCGUUGAUUUAUCUCAGUCGUCACUUGAGUGUCUGCUUGAAAUGCUCUUACAAAGAGGAAAAGUUCUCAAAGCCUUCAUCAUGGACAAUGAAGGAAGAACGCUGGCACAUUCCCAAGGCAUCAAUGAUAUACCUAACAGUAAUAAAUUGACACUUCUGUGUGCUCUGCGGUCAAACUACGGCCUUAUGGUCAGGAUGACUCUGCUUGCUGAUACCUACAGGUGCCUGAUGUAUUCCAAACGAGGGACAAUCGUGGGCACCAGUGAUACUUCUGUUUUCGUGGCUCAGAAGGGAAAGGAAAGUACCAUAGUGGCAUUUGCCGACGCUGCAGGUCCAGGUUCAUGCAUUAAAGAAGUGGAAGAAUUAUCAAGAGUUCUUGCACACAGGGGCCUUUGAGAGAAUAGAUGUUUGUAUUUACAAUCAUGAUAAAAUAAAUGGAAAUAUUAUGGCUUAAAUAAACAAAAUAAAAGAAUCUGUGUUCCUUGGCCGAAAGUUUCGAGUUCCCUUCAUGUGCUGACCUCGUUGUCGUGAGACAGUGUUCGAUUUUCAGUUACUCAUCACAAUGUCAAUGUUAAUUCACUUUUCUACCAUUCUGUUAACAUCGAUACGUGCAUUAGAGUUUGAAUUUACAAAUUAUUUGAAAGUUAUGAAUUAUCUUCAUUGUGAACAAUUUGAAAUGGGCGAGAUUUUGUAAAUCUCACUCAAUGCUCGGUUUUCCGAGAUUGAUCCUUUUGACAGUGUUCUACCUUUCAUUGUUUCGUUCAUUUCAGCAUUAUUGGUGUUUUUCACUUGUCAUAGUAGACUUAUCGCAUUACCUGUUGUCAGCGUCAUCAACCUCAGCUUUAAAAAAGUACCGUAUCACCUUUUGAGGGAUGACCUCACUCAAAAUAAUUAUUGUAUCCCCCGCUAAAACGGUAUCUUCAUCUGGCGGUUGAGACAUAUUGAACCAUAAGAUUGGCUUCAAUUCCGGCUUGGCUGGAUGAAGCACAUUUCCCCCUCCCCCCAGAGCAUCCACUGCCGAAUAAGCUCUUCUUGAUAAGGAAGACACGGAAAUAAAAAGAAUGCAUGAGGAAACAGCUGCACUUAAAUGUUUUCAUGAUGUCCGUCCACUGUUCUAUUUUUUCCGUUGUACUGCAAGAUUCUUAAAAUAAACAUAAAGAAUGAAUGGCAGUAAUUCUUAUAAUAUGAACUCGUGCAACUUAUAGCUCAGCACUGUAGCAUCUCAGAUCACGCCCCCCACCCAAAGAGAGUGUAUAGAGAAUGUAACACUCCUUUCU